AGCCGACUCGGUUCCAAGCGUGCCCCCGCACCGCGCAGCUCGAACGUCCCCCCUCCGCCGGCGCCGCCUCUGGCGCCGCGCACCCCGGGGGCAGCCGCGAUGACGGGCACGCUCGCCCGGCAGACCUCGACGGACUCGGAGCGGAGGACCCGGGAGGAGAUGCGGAGGAAGAUGCAGGUGGCGACGGUCGACAUGAGUGCCAAGGGCGCGAAGGACGACUUCAACCGCUCGCUGCAGGAGACAGGCUUCGCGGUGCUCGUCAACCACGGCGUGGACCGCAAACAGAUCGAAGGCGUCUACGACGAGUGGCGCAGCUUCAUGAUGUCGUUGGACGAGAAGGUGAAGGCGGAGGGCGGCCACAAUUGCAUCAGUGAGUACAUCCGCUCUACCGACGUCUUCGACGGAUACUUCCCGAUGGACCUGGCGGAGACAGCUAAGAGUGCUGACGUUAAGGACAUCAAGCACUACUACCACCUGUACUUCCCCCACGGCCGGUACCCGAAGGAGGUCAGCGACGAGGCCCGCAAUCUGUUUGAUUUCCUCUACGCCCUGGGCCUGAAGCUCUGCGAGUGGAUCGACCAGGGCCUGUCCCCCGAGACGAAGCAGCGCCUGAAGAAGCAGGGCAUGGACAGCCUCGUCGAGUGCGUCAGCAGGAGCGACACGCUGCUUCGCAUCCUCCACUACCCCACGUACGACGACGAUAAGGUGGAGCCCGGCGCCGUGCGCGCGGCCGCCCACGAGGACAUCAACUUCAUCACCCUGCUGCCCGUCGGCAGCUCCCGCGGUCUGCAGCUGUUCGGCAAGGAGGAGCAGCAGUGGUUCGACGUGCCAUUCGAGCCCGAGUCCAUCAUCGUCAACAUCGGCGACAUGCUCCAGGCGCUGACCGACGGGGCGCUGAAGUCCACCACGCACCGCGUCGUGAAGGC